AUGGGAGAACAAGAUGGGGUACCAAAUUCUGGGUCAUUAAAUAAUAAUGAUAAUAAUCAACAACUACUGAAUAAACCACCGAUAGAAAAUACAUUGUCAGAUGAUUUAGAUUUAGCUGAUGCUAUAGGAGAUGUUUUUAGUAACUUUGAUUUCAACGCGUUAAAUAAUUCUGAUCAUAAGGAAGAAGACGUUAAGUUACAAGUAGAAGAAACACAACCACCCCAAUCAGAACAACCUCCUAUAACAAAACCAACCGCAAAAAAUACCGAGAAUGGAAUAUCCAAUGACUCGGAGUCAAAUAAAGUUCAAAAUCUAGAUAAUGCAAUAAAUGAUAUAUUUAAUGAUCCAACUGAUUUAGAACCUAAUAAAUCUGCAGAUGAAGUACCUACACCAACCAACCAAGAAAAUGUAUUGAAAAAAGAAAAUGAAGACUUGGAUGAGCUAGAUUUAGAUAAUGCAAUAAGUAAUGCAUUUGAGGGUUUCUUCCCUCAAAGCACGAGUACAAUUGAUGAUAAAAAUAGUAAAGAAGAUCCACAGUCGGAACCAUCAACAACUAACCCUCAACUGGAAUUAUCAACGAAUACAGAACUUCAACCAGAAAAGCCGGUAUUCUCACAAACACAUCAAGCUUUUACCGAUCAUGAAAGCACUACAAGCAAUCUACGAAAUGAAAAAGAAGUCAAUAAAGAAGAUUCGAAGAUGAAUAUGGAGUUUGAUGAUAUGGAAGAUGAGCUACUGAAAGAAAUAGGGGAUGCAUUUAGUAAAAUUGUUACCGACAAAAAUGAAUCAUUUGGAAAAGAAAAUAUGAAUGUUUCAAGUCUGCUGGCAGAUGUUGAAAACAAAAAUGAUACUUUAAAGCUUAAUGUGUCUCAAAAUCAUACACUAGAUACGAUCAAUCAGCAAAAUACAACCAAUCAAGAAGUAAAAGAUCAAAUCCAUGUACCUACCCCAGAAACCACCCCACAACAAACUAACCAACAAGAUGAUGAUUUUGACUUAGAUUUGGAUGCUGCUAUCGGUGAUGCUAUAGGAAAUGCAUUUAAUGAUAUUUUACCUCCAUCUUCAAAACUACCUUUAAACGAGUCCCAAAAUGCUACAACAACCAAAGCACCAGCAGAGGACCCUAAACUUAAUGAUCAACCUACGAAUUCAGAACCUGGUAUCAAUUUCGAUGAUGAAGAUUUAAACAAUUUAAUAGCUAAUUCACUUCAACAAGUUUUCACAGCACCAAGAGAAGAACCAUUAGACAACAAUGAUAUGAAAGAUGCUAUAACUAGUGCUUUUAAAUCUGCUGGUGCAUUAAUAUCAUCAACAAAUUUUCAAUUACCACAAAAUUUAACACGUAGAAUGUCACAAUCAAAAAACGAUCCAAAUAGUUUACGUGAUUUAGCAAAAGAAAUUAAAAACAAUGUACUGGAUCAACUACAAAAUGAAAAAGUAAUUCCGUCUAGUCAUCAUGAUAAUGAACUGCAACAACAACCAGCUGAGCCAGAAGUCUUAGAUUUAGAGGAAUUGCAGAUGAGUGAUAUUUUAAAAAAUGCGUUCAAAAUGGCAUUAGAAGAACCACAAGAAAUAAUGGAUAUUGAAAUUGAUGAAAGUCUAAAACCAAAACCACCACAACCAGUACCAACUAGAAUCAAACGUGUUGAUACCACAGUUCCAUCACUUCCAAAACCUGCACCACCUAAAUCAACAACUCAGCAGCCGAAAACCAAACACAACGAACAUCCUUUAGAACUUCCCAAAACUUCUUCGUUCUUUUCAAAUCCAGAAAUGAAAUCACAAAUAUCAUCAGUAAUAACUUCAUUAACUUCAAGAAUAAAUAGUGGGGAAUUAGCCGACUCAAAUAUACUUACAACAAUUAGACAAAUAACUGAAGAGAUGGCUUCGGGUUCUGGUGCAUCAUUAUUUUUAAGAAAACCAGAAAGUAAUAUUGAAACAUUAAUUAGUGAGUUUAUCAAAUCAUUAAGUACAGCUAGGCAAUUCCUCAAAAACUAUCCAAAACAAGAAUCAAAUGUGUUAGAGAAAUCAAUUAUAGUUGUUGAGGAAAUGAUUUUAAAAUUUAAUUCAGACUCAGGAUCACAAGAUUUUCAAAUACUAAGUGAAGAAACAGAAUUUAUUUCAGCAAUAACUAAUCUAUCAUUAAGUUUAUUUUUGGAGAGUUCAUUAGUCUCAAAAUUAACUCCAGAAUCUAAAGUUAUCAUUGACAAAUUCAAAACAAAUUCACCAGAAACUAAACGAAAAAUAAGAAUAGGAAAUAGAGAAAGAAAGAAAAAAUGGAGAGAAGAAAAUUCAGAAAGAAAUAAAGAUAAUGAUUUAAAAAUUAGAGUCGUUAGAAAAGCAAACCUUGAGUUUGGUGAAAUUGAUACACCAAAAAAAUUAGAAUGGAUUGAAGAAGAGAUAUGUAGGAGAAAAGCUAAAAGACUGAGUAAACCUCAAGGUGAAGAAGAUUCUGCUGGUGAUACUGAGAUCAAGUCAGAAACAUCUGCUGGUGAUACUGAGAAGUCAGACACAGCUGCAGCAGUACCAAAUGAAAAAGAAAUUAGUCAAAUUAUGAUUAAUCAGGACGUACAAAAAAGUAUUAAGGAUGUGGUAUAUCAUAUUUUAUCAAACAAGGCACAUUUAACUCCUGCAAUUUUGAUAGGUUGCUCUACUGUCAUUGGAGCAAUAGCUGAAAUUUACGCAAUUCGUUUAAAAUUUUUAGAAAUUAAUAUGAGUGUUGCCGUAAAUAGAAUUAUUAAAACUACAUUGGAUGGAGGUUUUGAUUAUUAUAAUACUUCAAAUUCAUUAUUAAACAAACGUCAUUUAUCAGAAAUUGUCAAUAAUUCCAAAAGAUUGAAACUAAACCAAGGAGAGUCAUCAUUAGCAAAAUUACCAGUUUAUAAACCAAUCCAAACAACUAAAUCAUCAUCAAUUUAUAGACCAAGUUUACAAUUACCUAGAAAUUCACCAUUCAUAUCGAAUAAAUUAACUAGCACAACAACAAAAUCACAAUCAUCUGCAUUACCAAGAAAGCCUGGAGCUUUUCUGAACCCUAAAUCACAACCAAAUGAAAAAAAUAGAGGUACAAGUUUAGGAUUUCCAAAAUUAUUUUCUACAUCACUUAAAUAA